AUGACCGCAGAGCAAAAGAUUCAACAGAUCUCUGAGAAAGCACAUCAACCUGGCCAAGAAAGUCCAUUGCAUACCGUUGGCUUCGAUGCUAGAUUCCCUAAUCAAAACCAGACCAAACACUGUUGGCAGUCAUAUGUGGAUUACCACAAAUGUAUUAACAUGAAGGGCGAGGACUUUGCACCAUGCAAAGUGUUCUGGAGAACUUACUCCUCUCUGUGCCCUCUAGACUGGGUCGACAAGUGGGACGAACAAAGAGCGAAGGGGAUUUUCCCAGGUGACAUCAAUCCAUGA